AUGGCCCUUACCUGCAGUGACAUUAUUAAAUUUGCCGUCGCAAUUUUCCUUCCUCCUUUAGGUGUAUUCCUAGAAAGAGGUUGCACGUGCGAUUUACUGAUCAAUAUUCUAUUAACGUGUCUAGGUUACAUUCCAGGUAUUUUGCAUGCUUUGUACAUCAUAUUGAAGUAUUGA